UCAGCUAAAACAGUUUCAGUGUGAUUACCUUUGAAUGGAUAUACCGCAUUCAUAUGUUCGUUUAUAAUAAUUAUAUGUUUAUCUUACAUUACUUACGAUAAAGCUAAAUUUUGUAUGCAUGGAUGUAUGGUGAGACCAUAUAUUUUUGGUAUCAUUUCAAAGGGCUUUGUUUGCCGAUAACUGAUUUGUAAAAACAAUAUAUCUAAAAUGUUUUUGUUUUUUUUAAUCGGGCUAUAUUUUGAACCAUAUAGGUCUGUGGUGGCUCUAUGAAUUUUGAUUAACAAGUCAAUGUCCUAGUUUAAUAUAGCAGAUUUUUCACAGGAAUGUCAAUGUUCUGUUUUAACCUUUUUUUACUUGUCUACAUGUAAGUUGAAACGCUGAGAUUGCGCAAUUUAAGCCUGAGCCCAGGAAGUAAAUAGGUGCAUAAUUGGAUCUGACAUACGGUCAACGCCCUUAAAGUUUAAAGCAACAUGCUCACCCAGAUAACUUUUUGCACGGAGCGUAUAUACAUGCAAGCGAAUGUUACACUGAAUGUCAGACUUAUAUUUGUUAUAAAUGUUGCGCCAUUAGUAUAAUUUCAUUGCGUACGAGGCCGGUAGUCCGUGUGUACGCAUUCCACAUUCGCAGUCCGCAUACGUAAAAACGAACUAGUUGAAGACGCAUUCCGCAUUCGUAGUCCGCAUACGUAAAAACGAACUAGUUGAAGACACAUUCCGCAUUCGUAGUCCGCAUACGUAAAAACGAACUAGUUGAAGACGCAUUCCGCAUACGUAAGAACGAACUAGUUGAAGACGCAUUCCGCAUUUCUCUCCGCAUACGUAAGAACAAACGAGUUGAAGACGCAUUUCGCAUUCGCAAUCCGCAUACGUAAAAACGAACUAGUUGAAGACGCAUACCGCAUUCGCAGUCCGCAUACGUAAAAACGAACUAGUUGAAGACGCAUACCGCAUUCGCAGUCCGCAUACGUAAAAACGAACUAGUUGAAGACGCAUACCGCAUUCGCAGUCCGCAUACGUAAGAACGAACUAGUUGAAGACGCAUUCCGCAUUCGCAGUCCGCAUACGUAAAAACGAACUAGUUGAAGACGCAGUCCGCAUUCGCAGUCCGCAUACGUAAAAACGAACUAGUUGAAGACGCAUUCCGCAUUCGCAGUUCGCAUACGUAAGAACGAACUAGUUGAAGACGCAUUCCGCAUUCGCAGUCCGCAUACGUAAAAACGAACUAGUUGAAGACGCAUUCCGCAUUCGCAGUCCGCAUACGUAAAAACGAACUAGUUGAAGACGCAUUCCGCAUUCGCAGUUCGCAUACGUAAAAACGAACUAGUUGAAGACGCAUUCCGCAUUCGCAGUCCGCAUACGUAAGAACGAACUAGUUGAAGACGCAUUCCGCAUUCGCAGUCCGCAUACGUAAAAACGAACUAGUUGAAGACGCAUUCCGCAUUUCUCUCCGCAUACGUAAGAACAAACGAGUUGAAGACGCAUUCGGCAUUCGCGGUCCGCAUACGUAAAAACGAACUAGUUGAAGACACAUACCGCAUUCGCAGUCCGCAUACGUAAAAACGAACAAGUUGAAGACACAUUCCACAUUCGCAGUCCGCAUACGUAUAUAAGAACGAACUAAUUUACUAUCGUUUAGUCUAUUCCAUAUACACGCAUUCAGCAUUCGUCGUAAAAUCUAUUUUAUGUGCACGCAUGUCGCAUUCGUAGUCCGCAUAUACGUAAGAACGAACUAGUUGACUAAUGUAAAGUCUAUUUCAUGCGCACGCAUUCCGCAUCCGUAUUCCGCAUACGUUAUAAAGAACUAGAUGGCUAUCUUCAAGUCUAUUCCAUGUGCACGCAUUCCGAAAUCGCAGUCCGCAUACUUUAAAACGAACAAGUUCAAUAUCGUUCAGUCUAUUCCAUGUGACCGCAUUCUGCAUUCUCUGUUUUGCAUACGUAAGACGUCUAUUUUUUAAGUGUGGUUGCGGAUGCGGACUACGCAUGCCGACAGCGUGCACAUGGAAUAAUGGCCCCUAUUUUUUCUCAAAUAGUUUAUCACAAUAACAAUCAUUAAGAUAAUUUUCUUUUGAAGUCCAAAAGCUCUUACGAUUGUAAAUAUUACGCAAAUAAUACCAAAACAAAAAGAAACGAUCAUAUAUUAAUCCUAUUAUAAGAAAUUUGGACCCGGUCGAUAAAAAAAACAGCUGCUUCAGUAGGUUAAAGAGUUAGCUGUGUUAGUAGGUCAGUGGCACAGUCACGUUCGCACAAAUCAGAGAUUGUUCAUAACGACCUUAACGGGGUAUGUAAUUCAUGGUUUACUUAUAUUUCACACCAAUGUUAUAAUUUAGACCGAAUCAAAGCUAUAUUAUUAACAAAAGGAUUUCUUGAAUCGCUUAUAAACACGGAUGACUCUUUCAGGGGAAAUAGAUGGAUUCAGUAACGAGCAACUCCAUAUUUUCUGAGCCUUCCAUAUUUUUGGUGAUACCAACAGUAGUCUCACUUUCAAUCCUCUGUCUUCUGCCAUUGGCCAGCUGGAUAAGGUGGGCGUGGCAAUGGUACCACGUCACCAUUGUGUCGCGAGAAGAGUUUCCCGACCUGCAACUUCCGCCUGGAACCAUGGGAUAUCCCGUUGUCGGGGAAACGAUAGCGUUCUUGAAAAAGGGCUCCCAGUUCUAUAAAGAGAAGAUGGAGCAGUAUGGCCAUGUUUACAAAACACACCUGCUCGGGCGUCCGACAAUCCGGGCCAUGGGCGCUGACAACGUGAAAAAGAUCCUCAUGGGCGAGAACACAUUGGUGACGUCACACUGGCCGACAAGUGUCCGCCUAUUGCUUGGCAGUGGGUCCAUAUCACAGUCUUCUGGUCACGUUCAUAAAGUUCGCAGGAAACAUAUGAUGCAUGCCUUCAGUCGAUGUACGCUUGACGAUAUGACCAACGUUAUUCAGAAUUGCGUCACUUCCUGUAUGCACGAGUGGCCCGCGGCGGGUCGCAUGUACGCUUACCCGGAGUGCAAACGUCUGGCGUUCACGGCCGCCGCACGUGCGCUCCUCGGAAUUGAACCCCACCAUUUUGAGCAGUCGCAGAUGCACGAGACCUUCUGUGAAUUUCUGAAGAAUCUUAUGACCAUUCCGUACAACAUUCCAGGGUUUGGUUUUAGAAAGGGCAUAAAGGCGAAGACACGCCUGCUCAACAACAUCCGCGACAUCCUACCUGACCUUGAAAAGCGGCCAUACACGCCUGUUAUGCGCGCCUACUAUGACUCUACGCUUGGGUCGGGCACGGAGACGGAAACAGAAAUCCUAGAGGGUGUCCUUGACCUGCUGUUUGCGGGGCACGAGACGGUGGCCAGCACCGCCACCAACUGCCUCAUGUUCGUCGGGCAGCGACCGGAUGUGAUGGACAAACUACGAGAGGAGAUUGAGAGAACUUUGCCACAGGGCGACGGCUGUUGUCAGACAGCAGACUUGUCGUAUGCACGUGUUAACGAUAUGAAGUAUUUAAAUUAUGUGAUAAAGGAAGUACUUCGGGUGUGUCCGCCCGCUGGCGCUGGGUUCCGGAAGGCGCUCAAAUCGUUUGAACUUGGGGGAUACCUGGUACCGAAAGGCUGGACGAUAAUGUACAGCAUCCGAGAGACCCACCACACGUCCCCCGUGUUCGAGGACGCGGCAAGCUUCGAGCCCGACCGCUGGGCGGCGCUCACUCAAACGUCUGACGACGAUGGACACGAUCUGGCCAAGUUCCACUACCUGCCAUUCGGCUACGGUGCUAGAAGCUGUAUAGGGAAGAUGUACGCUCAGCUCGUGUUAAAAGUGUUCUUGGUAGAACUCGUUCGUGGCUAUGACUGGCGACUGGAGAAUCCCGGCGCGGAGAUGAGGUAUAUUCCAAUACCAGUGGCGGUGGACCAUCUUCCAAUCACAGUGACGCGGCGGCCGGACAUACGCCGCUGCGAACAGUGAACGAAACUAUGGGCGGUGUAUGCCAUCGCUGGGAGGCAUAUAGUAAUCGCACUGUCCGUCAAUCCGACGGUUUCAUUAGAUUGUUUCUCCAUAUAUUUUUAGCAAUAUAAUUCGUGUAUCGGUCAUUACUUUUUUUAAAUGAAUGACAAUUUACAGAGGUAAAAUUCCUUAAGUUUGGACGUUCUGUAGCGCGUAAUAUUUGAUGGUCUCAUCAGAAAGAUCAAUGCCACAUUUGGCGGCCAAUACUUCACAGUAUGGAUUUUUAGAGAUACUUUUUAAAGCUGCACUCUCACAAAUUGAACGUUUUGACAACUUUUUAAUUUUUUGUCUUGGAACGAGCCAUUUUUUGCGAAAAUCCAUGGAAACCAAUUAUUUAAGACUGCUACCUAAAAAAUAGAUCGCAGAUUUUUAUAUUUAAGUUCAAAAAUUGAUGUUUUAUGCAUUUUUCUUAAACCGUAAGUAACGGUUAAAGCCAUAAAACAUUAAAUUUCGAACGGAAAUAUGAAAAUCUGCGAUCUAAUCUUUAGUCAGCAAUCUUAUAUCAUUGGUUUGCAGAUAUUGUCAAAGACAAAAAAAAGAAAAAAAGUUGUUAAAAUGGUAAAUCUGCGAGAGUGCAGCUUUAAAUAUUUUAUUUGUUAGUGGGAAUUCGGCAGAUCUACACCGUAUUGUAGGGAACCGUUUGAAGGCGUUUUUACAAUAGAUGGGUAUUUUUAUUGCAUGCUCUAGACGUUUCCUAGGAAUAACUUAGUGAUGCACAUGGACUGUUUACUAUUUUGUGUGAUUGUCUGUGAUAGUUAUAAGAACAACAUGUGAUUGUGCCGUCAGCCAUUUCCAUGUUUGUCAUUCGUAGCACAUCGGCCAUUCUCCAUCUAAUGUAUGAACGGUUAACAAUGUCAGAAAUCUUAACAUUUGACUACACUGAAAGAAGAUCGCAUAGUAAUUUUGAUGUUAGCAAUUUAUCUUAAUGACUAUACUUUUGGGAAUCUUAACUAUGUAUGCAAUACUACACCUUUCUGGCAACCAAUUGAAUAUUAGUUAAAGUACACGUUAAACAUACAAUUAAUUAAUACUAUUAUUUCGAAAUUGACGAACUAUUUUUUGUUUUCGAUGGAAAAUGGCCGAGAAGUUCCGAAUCCAUGUAAUGUAUGAACAAAAGCUCUGGUCGCAAAAAUCAUAGUUACGAAUCACUACGAGUACGGGUACUUGCUUGCUUCUUCUUGUGUACUACGUCAUCAAUGUAUGUGUACAAUGAACAUAUUUCAAACAUCAUGUACACGAGGGAACGGUUUUAUGCGAGUAUCAGCGAGUCAACAAGUACACGUAUGAAGUGAAUGUUCGCCAACUAGUUUGAAACUCAACUUAACUUCUACAGGUAUACAUUUUUCGCGAAUGUUUUCUAAUAACAGUUGUUUAUUUACUGAUUAAUUUCUGUACAUAGUCGAGAUGUUAACCCUAAUCCAUACCUACAAACAAGACACGUGAUAAAUUACGUCAUAAAUGCUACUUCGGAAGGCAAUAUUUUGUUUAAAAUGAAGACUUUAAACAAAGAUUACUUUACUAUCAAUUCAUCAUAUUAAAUUAAACACGGCGCAGUCUACGCCGCUUAGAUAGCCAUGCAUUCGGUCUUUAACUAGAGAUUGAUCAAAAGUCAUCACUCGAAACAAAAUGUUUCCUUAUGACGUAGCAUUUGUGACGUAAUUUAUCACGUGGUAUACAUACACUUGAGCCAGUAAAAAUGACAAUCAUAACUUGAUACAGGGUUUGAAAAUAACCUCUUACCCUAACAGUUGGGUCUGCUAUUACAAAAUUAUUCCAAACUGUUCUUAUGGUCAGCUCAUUGUGGUUGUACUUUUGUCAAAUUUUAACGAUUUAACCGUUUUCUUGGAUUUCUUUGCAAAAAGUAGAAUACUCAUUUUGGUGUGUUUUUCUGACGAGUUUGUUUUUUUCAAACGGUCGUUUUAGAUUCGUUUCAAUAUGUAUAAAAAGGGAAUUGAAAUAUAUAUGCUUGGUAAUUCGCAAAAUUGUAUAUACAAUACAAUAACAUAUAUGCUUAUAGAAUGACAACCAAAAUUAGACUCAGUCUUCGCUUUUGUUUUAUUGUACAGUCAUAUGCUUAAAGAAUGACAAAUGAUAUUAGAUUUCAUUACUUGUAUUAAUUUUACCGUCAUAUGCUUAAAGAAUGACAAAUGAUAUUAGAUUUCAUUACUUGUAUUAAUUUUACCGUCAUAUGCUUAAAUAAUGACAAAUGAUAUUAGAUUUCAUUACUUGUAUUAAUUUUACCGUCAUAUGCUUAAAUAAUGACAAAUGAAAUUAGAUUUCAGCACUUUUGUUUAAUUUUACAGUCAUAUGCUUAAAUAAUGACAAACGAAAUUAGAUUUCAGCACUUUUGUUUAAUUUUACAGCCAUAUGCUUAAAAAAUGAAAAACGAAAUUAGAUUUCAGCACUUUUGUUUCAUUUUACAGUCAUAUGCUUAAAAAAUUACAAACGAAAUUAGAUUUCAGCACUUUUGUUUAAUUUUACAGUCACAUGCUUACAGAUUGACAAACGGAAUUAGAUUCCUGCACUUUUGUUUAAUUUUACAGUCAUAUGCUUAAAAAAUGACAAACGAAAUUAGAUUUCUGCACUUUUGUUUAAUUUUACAGUCACAUGCUUACAGAUUGGCAAACGGAAUUAGAUUCCUGCACUUUUGUUUAAUUUUACAGUCACAUGCUUACAGAUUGACAAACGGAAUUAGAUUCCUGCACUUUUGUUUAAUUUUGCAGUCAAAUGCUUAAACAAUGACAAACGAAAUUAGAUUUCAGCACUUUUGUUUAAUUUUACAGUCACAUGCUUACAGAUUGACAAACGGAAUUAGAUUUCUGCACUUUUGUUUAAUUUUACCGUCAUAUGCUUAAAAAUGAUAAACGAUUUUAUUAAAUAGUAUUACUAUGAUAAUACAACAUUGUCUACUUUCAAUUUGAUCACAGGUAAAUUAAGAACUGGUGAAACGAUUACUAGCGAAUUUAUGAAAUGUUUUUUGCACUACAAUUUAAAAAUGUUCUGGUGCCAAAUAUGUUGUAAACAAAAGUUACCAGCUUGUCCAAAUGAAAGUGUUAGGUUUCAAAGAGCAUUAAUUUUUUACUAAAUCGACUAAAAAAUGGUCAUAUAGUGUUAUAGAACAUGAUGUUAUGAAAUUCAUUUGCAUUUCAAUUCUAUUGUAAGAUAAAUGAAAUGUGAGUGUUAAAUAAUGUAUUUCGUAACAAUUUUUAUCCGAUAAUAUUGUAUUUAGAAAGACUGUUUUUUUUAUAUACAGAGAUCUCUGACCAGUUUAAAAAGCAUAUGUUUCUCAUGUUUAUUACUAUGUCUUUGAUUUGAAUUGUUUUAAUCAAUACACGUAUGUGAGUAUUUGUAAACGCAUGUAUUUUGGUAAAUGUUUCCGAACGUCCUGAUAUUUCUUACAUUUUUUUAGGCUGUGGUUGACAUAAUUAUAAUUAUAUUUGAAAUCUGUAAAAUGUAUUUUCCUCCGCUUGUGUAUAGUUUAUAUUCGAUGUAACUGAACAUCGUUCAAGUACCGGUGACUUAUUUUAUUUUUUUAUUAUAUAACAAUCAUAUUAUUAUAUUAUUAGACUAACCCUGUGAUUUCUUUACAAUUCAUAUGCCAUUACCAUGACAUUUUGCAUAGUAAAAUGUUA